AUGAUUUUCUCCAUUUUUUAUUGGCAAGUUAUUGCAAAAGUUAGGUAAAAGCAGUGGAAAAGUAUGUGUAAAAUCAUAUCCCUACAAAUAAUGCCUUUCAACUUGUUCUUGGAAUCUGUUUGUGAAAAAUUUGGGCUCAAACAUGCCCUUGAGAGCCUCUAUAGUAGUUUGUGACUUAAGGUUAAGCCUUUGAAUUUUAAUCUUGGUUCCCAGGAUGAAAAUGUUAUUCAAGGUAAAAGAAAAUAUAUUCUUAUUUCCUGAAGAUCACUUGAUUUGCAGCUCUUUCACUGUUGAGAUAUUGUAGUAUUAAUUGUUUAUGGCAAAGCAAACUCGACAAAAGGUGAGAUGAGUAUUAAGUUGGUCAGAAAAUAAAAUUGUUCUGGUUACUGACAGAAAUAACUUUCUGUAGGUGAUUAGUAAAUCACUGCACUUCUAUUUUCUUAUGUAGGGCGAAGAGUGUGAUUUUGUCAAGCUGUGAGGUCCUUUUUUCGAUCUAUCAGUGGGCGUGCGCCUUAAAAUGUUCAACGUUAGUAACGCAGCGCUCCGCACGUUGCGUGACAUCCUUUGGUGGACUCCCAGUUGAAACAAUCUAAAGAAACACUAGUCACGUUGUACAUUACUAGUGUUACACACAAACUGAAGACAAAACAGAGGUCAAAACAAGCACCAAUCAAUAAGGGAUUGAGAGAAAGGAUGCGUCACAGCCAUCCGGAAGAAUUGUCGACUGCUAAUUGCUUUUAUUUGCCGCUACUCGCCAAAGCAUGAUGAACACAGCGGCACUUAUUAUCUUGGCCGAUAUAGUUGGCUGGGGUUAUUUUUUGUCUUGGACUGUAUCGUUUUUUCCACAAAUCUAUGAAAACUGGAGGCGAAAAUGUGUGGUUGGCUUUUCAUUCGACAUGUGGGCCUACUUCUUUCUCAGUUACAUUACUUACUUGAUUUACAAUGUGACGGUCUAUUUCGACCCGGAGACAAUCAUGGCUAAUUUAGACGAAGAUAACCCGGUUAAAAUGACAGACGUGGUAUUCUCUAUCGUAGCAUUUGCCUGUACGAGUUUUCAGGGUAUACAGUGCUUGAUGUACGAUCGGGGAUCACAGGAAAUUAAUCGUAGCACAAUCGCCAUUUGCGCUGGUUGCUUACUGGCCCUCUUGGUAUUAACUGUUCUCAACCUUUUUGGUAUCCUUAGCUCGUGGUUUUUAGUUCUUCAGUACUGUGGAUAUGUUAAGUUGGUCGUUUCAUUUGGUACGUAUUCGCCUCAAGUGUGGCUUAACUUCAAACGUAAAUCCACAGAGGGAUUUCAUAUUGGUGGAGUGUUGCUAGAUUUUGGAGGAGGUGUACUUAGCCUGUUGCAGAUGGAUCUUUACUGCAUCAUUGAACACAGCAAUGAUCAGCUGACAGGGAACAUUCCUAAGAUGGCGUUGGCUGUUGCCACACUCUUAUUCAACAUCAUCCUCAUAUGGCAACAUUAUGUGUUCUAUUUAGGAAAUGAACACAGUUCUAGUGAGAAAAAACCUCUAUUGGGCCGUGAAAGGUCAAAUGAGUUUUACACAGUGAAUGUCAAUGCUGAAGAUGGAGAUUAUCUUGUGAUAAAUUUACAAGAUCCAGAGGAGGUGAGCACAGCCCGACGUGCAACUGGUUCACAGGAGUCUUCGGUGUAGGAUUUUUUCCAAAAAAGGGGAAGAGUCAGUCCCAAAUGUUCUUUAGUACAGUAGUUAACUCUGAUUUUAAUGGGGCUUCAUCUGUUUUUACAUAUGCGCACUUGUCAACAAAUACAAUUAAUAAUUUGAUAACCUAUUGUACUAGUUUUAUCUGUACCUGAGAUGUUUUAUUUAUUGAAUUUUUGUACAAAGUAAUCUUUAAUUGUUGGAAUUGAAAGUGCGCCUUUAAAUUAAAUAACAUGAAACUUAAUUGGAAAAAAGUCAAGUCUGAGUGCUAAAAUACUAGGGAGUGUUAUUGUAUUUUGUAACUACUGUACAAACAUUCUUCCAACUUACAUACAGAGAAGUCAAAUUCUGGAAAGCUGGUUCCUGGAAAUGUUUGAUUCAGGAUUACACCACAUCCCAACCACCAAGUUUUUACUUGUGAUCCAAAAUUGAAAAAAAAAAAAUUGUGUAAAAAUUCUAUAACCUGCAUACAUAACAUUUUAAUAGGAAUGUUUAGGAAGUUAAAAGGAAUUGAAACUUUCCUAAUUAUCAUAAGUGCAAAAAUAUUUUUGAAGGAAAGUAUUGGUCACUACAACUGGUGAAUUUCUAGGGGAUGCUUCCCAAAUGUUGGGAUUUAAUCUGUAAAUGAGUUUUUGGUAAGUAAGUGAGACAUUAAAUAUAUUGUAAACACCUGAUUUGUAUAAGUAUUUUCAUCAACUCUGGGGAUUUUUAUGAUUAAAUAUUUAUUGUUAAAUAAGAGAAAUGCACUGAAUGUAAUGAGCAGAUUUGAUGUUUAGGCUUGGACCACAAUCUUUAAACGAUGCAAAAUAUAACAGUGAGAGUAUGGAAGGCACAAAAAUACAUGCAAAUCUUUGUCACUCACAAAAAUCGUGUUAAAUGGAUACAAAAUUAUCUUAGAAUUAACAAGUAAAAUCAUUUUAAAAGAAACUUACAGUAGAAUCCCAAUUUCUUGAACCCUUGGUUUCUCGAACCUCCUGAUAUCUCGAACCAAACCUUGUUUCCCUUGGUUUUCCUUCACUUGUAAUUUCACCCCCGAUUUAUCAAACUCCGAAUUUCUUGAACCAAUUUGGGUUUCCCCUGGAGGUUAGAGAAAUUGCGAUUCCACUGUAUUUUAAUUGUUAUUGAACUCCAGAGCUCCUUACCCUCUUUUUUUUUUUCUGGAAGGAUAUGCGAUGAUAGUUCACAGCACUGAGGAUAAUUGAACAGAGCAUCCAAUUUUCUAAAGGUGUUUGAUGAUGAUAUACUGAUAAUGAUAAUAUAUCCAUGACAAGGUUUGAAUGAUGAAAAGGAAUUUGUACUAUGAUGCUGCUAUGUACUAUGAUAGAAGCAUUUUCAGUUAAACAUGUUUCAUGUUUAGCUUAUCUGUUAUGGAAACACUUUUGGGUUUAAUGAUUAAUGUAUUGCAAUUGUCUUCUGAUUUUCUGAUUACUAGUGAGGUGGUUUUCUUUAUAAGCAUCUGCUUCCAUGAAUUUUAAACAGUUAAGAGAAUUCACAUCUUAAAGUAUGACUUUUUGCCCUAUCAGGUUGUAGAAUUAACUCUGACCUCUUAGGGGAUUUUAGACUAAGCAUUUAAUUUCUCCCUAUAAUGCUAACCACAAAUCAAACAUUAAGGUCAUCAGAAUAAAAGAAAUGAUCACCAACUAGAUAAGCAUAUGAUUGAUGAACAAAUUUCUUCGUCAGCACCUAAGAAGUGCCCUUAUGAUGAACACUAUGGAAAAUAUGCAUACUGAGGGUAAUGAAAAUAAAAGAAAUGAUCACCGACUAGAUAUUAGCAUGAUUGGUGAACAAAUUUCUUUUGUCAGCACCUAAGGAGUGCCCUUAUCAUGAACACUAUGGAAAAUAUGCGUACUGAGGUUGGGGUGUAAAGGGUUAAGUGGAGCGUACAAUUACUUUGAAAACUCAUUUCAUGGCAAAUUGGGCACAAAGAAAUGCU